AUGCGGGAGGCAAAACUGAAGCCCGACGUCAUCAGCUACAGCCAAGGGAUCAGCGCAUGUGGGAAACGCGAGCAGUGGCAGGCAGCUCUCUUGUUGCUCAGCGACCUGGGGGAGGCGAAGUUAGAGACCAACGUCAUCAGCCACAGCGCUGGGGUCAGCGCGUGCGAGAAAGGCGGGCAAUGGCAGCGGGCUCUGCUGCUGUUCGGCGAGAUAGGGGAGGCGAAGUUGCAACCCAACGUCAUCAUCAAUCUACAAUGCUGGGAUCAGCGCGUGCGAGACAGGUGUGCAGUGGCAGCGGGCUCUAUCGCUGCUCAGCGAAAUGAGGGAGGCGAAUCUGGUUCCUAA